CCUUGGGGGAGGCCAUCUUUGCAGAGAGCGAACAAAGGGAAAACAGAGUGGAAGUCCACCAACCACCGGACGCUUUUUAACACCUUUUUACCAUCAGAGGCCAUGUCCGACUCCGAAGACCAACCGGAGAAAGAGGCCGAGGUUGAGAAGAAGAUCAUAGCUAACAAAAUCACUGGAACCGUAAAAUGGUUCAACGUGAAAAGCGGAUAUGGCUUCAUUAACAGGGAUGACACCAAGGAAGAUGUGUUUGUCCACCAGACUGCCAUCAUCAAGAAUAAUCCCAAGAAAUACCUAAGGAGUGUUGGGGAUGGAGAGGCCGUUGAAUUUGAUGUUGUGGAAGGUGAAAAGGGCAAUGAAGCUGCCAAUGUAACAGGACCUGAUGGUACCCAUGUACAAGGCAGCAAAUACGCCGCUGAUCGUCGCCGUUUCCGACGCUACUUCCCACGUCGACGUGGAGGUGGCCCAGGCCGUCCUAGACAUGAGGGUGAUGAGGGAGAGGAGGGAGCAGAAGAAGAAGAUGAUCAGGGAAGAAGACCUCCUCCCCGCCGCCCCUACUACAGAGGGGGUAGAGGCUUCUACCGAGGUUUCUACCAGGGUAAUGGUGGCGGUGGCGGUCCUCGCAGACCACCACGAUAUCAGAAUGCCAUGAUGGACGGCCCAGGUCGCCAGCCUCAGUUUAGAAGACCCUACUGGAGGAGAGGAUACAGAAGAUACUAUGGCCAGAAUGAUGGAUAUGAUGGCCCUCCACAGUAUGGUUAUCGUGGCGGCAGGGGGCGUGGCAGAGGUCGCGGUAGAGGUCGUGGCCGUGGAAGAGGAGGGUAUUACAGAAGGAGGGGUGAAGGAGAGAAUGAUAGAGAAUAUGAGGGCGGCCAUUCUCCUGAACCGACACAGGAACAGACUGACGAGAAGACCGAGCAGCAGGAAUAAUUCUUUACGCGUGUUAACACCUGGUUUGUUGAAACAACAGCCAACUUUUGUGUAUUACCAACCAGUUAUUAAUGCAUUUAUGUAGUCCUUUUUCUUGAUAAGAGCUUUAGAUUGUACCAGCACAUGCUAUCGAAAAAGUUGUGGUCCUAUUGAACUGAAAGAUUUUCCUACGACUGAAGACAGACAAAACACUCACAAAAAAAACCUCGGGUUUAAUUUAUUGUUUGGAUGAGAGCAUACCAUACUUGAGAUCUAUGCAAAUUUAAUUUGUAAUAAAACAACAAUGAAAAUAUCAGAUAUUUUAGUGCUAUCAAAUUUGAACAAAUCUGUUUUCAUAUUUUAUAUAAUAAAGUAAUAAGCAAGGAAAGCCGACAGUCUCUCCAAGAGUUGACUGGGGCAUUUCUUAUGUUUAUGAAACAUGAAUUAUUUAUACAAAGUGGUUACAACUUUUUUGCUAUCUUUUUUUAUUAAUUUUUUUUUUAUUUUGAUUAGGAUGAAAUGUUAAAAUGAAUUUCAACAUCAAUAUCUGCAUGAAUUAAAACAGCAAGUGCAUUCA